AUGCUUGCCUUUACAGUACGCUUCUCAGCUGAUAACGGCCUGACGGGCAUCCCCAUUGCCUCUGGGCAGACGCUCAAAUUUGACAAUAUCAUUACCAACUACGGCAACGCAUAUGAUGCAAGAACUGGAGUCUUCACAGCACCGAUACCCGGAUUGUAUUCAUUCUUCCUGGUCGCCAUGUCUCCGAACGAAACUUCACCUCUCUAUCUGGCAAUAGUAAAGAACGGCGUACAAUUAGAUAUGAUCUUUAGCAACGGUCGAAGUGAUCCGGAGGAUCAGGGUUCAACUCAGAUCACCAUACGCCUUGCUGCUGGCGAGAUGGUGUGGGUACAACAAGUGUCUGGAGAAGGUGUUAAGGGAAGUAACUGGACCGUUUUUACCGGUUACCUCCUCGUGGCAGACAAGCCCUCUUAACAGCGUUAAAAAGAAUUUACCAAAAUAAUGACGAAAGUUGUGCAUAGGAUUAGGAGCAUAGCAUUUUAUGAUCAUUUAAGAAACAGGGAUAGCUGAGCAGACACACAGUAAUAUCUUCAUAGCAUGAUUAGUCCUUCAGGACCUGAUAGCAGCUUUACAUUAGAAAAUUAGGUGUGUAGUCGAACACUUCCAACGUUGCUACUAAUAAUUAACUUUGGCUUUGGCAGGUUAUUAUUUCUGAUUUACAAAAUUGACAAUAUAA